AUGAUGGCUACACCGCCAUCAGUAACAACAAUUGAACGAUUUUGUUUUAUUUUUAUACAAAUAUUAUUUUAUAUUAUAUUAACAUCAAUAUUUUAUAUUAAACUUGAACAAUUUACUGGAAAACAAGAAAAAUUAAUUAAAACAAUUUUAAGAAAUAAUAGUUAUCAAAAUUUAACUGUAUCAUCGAAUGAAUUAUUGAAAAAAUUAUUUUUACAAUGUACCAAAUGUGUUGAACGUUAUCCAUGCAUAACAAUUGACUGUUGUCAUUUUAAUUUAUUCCUAGAACAUACUGGUUAUCCAUUACUUAUCAAACAUCGUCAUUCAAUUAGUUAUAAACAAAAUAGAACUACAAAAUGUUUAGAAUUAGAAAUUGGUUCUAAUCAAAAACUUCGAGAUGUAUUUUGUCAUAAUCAAAAUCAAACAUGGUUAAUUAUACAGAGUCGUCAAACAGUUUUUGAAAAUUUUAAUCGUUCAUGGUUAGAAUAUCGAAAUGGUUUUGGUAAUUUAACAACAAAUGAUUAUUGGUUAGGUAAUGAAAAUAUUCAUUGGUUAACAACAAUGUAUGAAUGUCGAUUAAAAAUAAUUUUAACCGAUUGGUAUAAUGAAACGAGAUAUGCUGUAUACGACUAUUUUCAUAUUACAAAUGAAGAUGACAAUUAUCGAUUAUUAAUUGAUGAUUAUCAUGGAAAUAUCGAAACUACUAACAAUAAAAUAAACAGUCUAAUAUUAUGGCACAAUAAAGCUGAAUUUUCAACAUAUGAUCGUUACUCGACACUCCUUAAUUGUCCACAACUCUUUGGUGGAGGUGGUUGGUGGUAUACAUCCGAUUUAUCAUGUGGACGCGUUCAACUGAAUGGUCAUCUAGCAACUCAUCAAGAUGGUUUAGUUCCAUUCAAUACAGGCAUUAUGUGGCUCUCAUGGAAAAAUGAUAGACACUAUUCAUUUCGAUCUGUUCGAAUGUUAAUUAAACAAAAAACGAAAAAAUAA